UUCGUGUGUUGCCUUACUUCGUGCAAAAAUGCCGGAUCCAGCAAAAUCGGCUCCUGCUCCCAAGAAGGGCUCCAAAAAAGCCGUUACCAAAGUGCAGAAGAAGGACGGCAAAAAGCGCAAGCGCAGCCGCAAGGAGAGUUAUUCAGUCUACGUGUACAAGGUGCUGAAGCAGGUGCACCCGGACACCGGCAUCUCGUCCAAGGCCAUGGGCAUCAUGAACUCCUUCGUCAACGACAUCUUCGAGCGCAUCGCCGGCGAAGCGUCCCGCCUGGCGCAUUACAACAAGCGCUCGACCAUCACGUCCCGGGAGAUCCAGACGGCCGUGCGCCUGCUGCUGCCCGGCGAGCUGGCCAAGCACGCCGUGUCCGAGGGCACCAAGGCGGUCACCAAGUACACCAGUUCGAAUAUUUUCAAGAUGAAGCUCCUGUUCCUGUCAUCUAUUCAGGGACCAAGGUUUUCCCAAGAAUAAAAGGAAGACUUUCUUAUUCAAACUACAGUCCAAGGAGUGGCAAACAAGCCUUUAUCUGCCCUUCCAGAAGUGGGCCUCAAAGUCAUGGCCGGAUUCCAGAUGGUUGCAGUUUCACUGGCAAUCAUGCCAGCGCUUCCUCAAAAUUAAAUUAU